GGAUUUCUGAUCUAAUUUUCUACCGUUCGCAUUACUAAAGUAUUUUGCAGAUCAUGUGACUUGUUCAAAAUGGCAGACGAACCCUUGCUCAGGGAUCGCCCAGGAAAUCAUCGAUUUGGCUCUAUAGAUCCAGAUUCUGCACACGUACAGAACAUGACAAGAAAGAAUUUCACAAAGAGUCUUCUGUUCUCAAUCUUUGCUUGUGUCAUUGGAUCCUCAUACCAGUUUGGAUUCAACACGGGUGUUUUGAAUGCGCCACAAAAGGUGAUUGAGAAAUUUAUCAAUGAGACAUACACUAAUCAAACUGGCCAUGAAAUUCAGGAAUCUACCCUGACACUACUAUGGUCAAUUACAGUCUCCAUCUACUGUAUUGGAGGAAUGAUCGGAGGUUUUGCUGCUGGAUAUCUUUGCAAUGGAUUCGGAAGGAAACGGACGAUGCUUGCAAACAUUUUGCUGAACAUUGUUGCUGGAGUAAUGGCAGUGUUGUCUAAAUAUUUCGGCGGAUAUGAACUACUAAUAGCAGGAAGAUUUAUGAUGGGAAUUAAUUGUGGUAUUAGUACAGGUGUUGCCCCUCUCUACCUGUCUGAAAUAGCACCUACAAAUCUACGAGGAACAUCUGGUACAAUCAACCAGUUUGCCAUUGUGGUGGGCAUUUUGGUUGCUCAAGUACUUGGUCUCAAGCAAAUUCUUGGAACUUCUGAUCUCUGGCCAUAUUUAGUAGGAACUACCCUGAUUCCUUCUGUUAUACAACUCCUAUGUCUUCCAUGUUGUCCCGAAACUCCACAAUAUCUUAUGGUUGCCAAGGGUGACAGGGCAGCUGCUGAAAAAGCAUUGAUAUACCUACGUCAGACACAUAAUGUGCAAGAAGAGCUAGAUGUAAUUGAAGAGGAAUAUGAAAAACUAAAGUCUGAAACAAAACUUGGUAUAAGGGACUUAUUUAGGGUAUCGUCUCUACGGCAACCACUAUUAAUCAGUGUUAUGAUGAUGCUGUCACAGCAACUCUCAGGAAUAAAUGCGGUUGUAUAUUACUCAACUAGUAUUUUUGAGAGAGCUGGUCUGUCUAUAGAAAAUGCUCAAUACGCCACUCUGGGAACCUCUGUUGUAAAUGUUGUCAUGACAUUCGUUUCUGCAGUACUGAUAGACCACUUAGGACGACGGACACUUCACUUACAUGGUCUUGGGGGAAUGCUUAUCUGUACCUGCAUCAUCUCAGUUGGACUUUUAUGGCAGAACCAGUGGCCCUGGGCAUCGUAUAUCUGUAUAGCUGGGAUCAUGCUUUACUUUGUAGCAUUUGCAAUAGGACCAGGUUCAAUCCCAUGGUUCUAUGUAGCUGAACUAUUUAGUCAAAGUCCUAGGGCACCUGCAGUUGCAGUAGCUGUACUUGUCAACUGGUUUGCUAACUUUCUCGUUGGAUUUGGUUUCCCAGUCAUACAGAAAACUCUAGAGAACUAUGCAUUUGUGCCAUUCUUGAUAUUAUUGGGUUUGUUCUGGACAUAUACAUACAUCAAGGCUCCAGAGACGAAGAAUAGAUCUAUAGAAGAGAUAACUGCAAUAUUUAGAGAUAAGGAUGACCUGCCAGGAUAUAGCAGAUUGACAAACAACAAGGGGAAUGAUGAGAUUGUGAAAAAUGUAUAAAUAUUAGCUUGGAUCGUAACUCAUACCUGAUUGCUAAGUGCAGUAUAAUAUGGAAAAAAAACAUUCAUUUGGCCAAGGUUUGCAACCAAUUUUUGAACAUGGCAAUGGACUUGGAAAAACAGUUGCCUAUUGGGCAAUGAACUGAAUACCAAUAUGCUAAAUUGGGCAAUCAUGUUUUCAAUCUUACAGUUUUGAACAUAAAUCAAUGACAGGUGGAUUUGCUGAAG